AUGACAUGUAUUUCAAAAUCAAGUGGAAAAGGAGCUGAAGUUCGUGCGAAAGCCUUUGCAGCAGAGUUAAAAGCUAAACAAUUUAUGGAAGAAGAAGAGAAAAGAAAAAAAGAGUUGGAGAAACAAUUAGAACUUGAGAAAAAUGUAGCUAUGGCUAAAGAAAUAGCUGAAAGAGCAAAACGCGAGGCUGAAGAAAGACGAAUUGUCCAGCAAGCGAAGGAUGAAUGGAUGCGUCUAAGGGCGGAAGCAGAGAUCCUGGAAAAUGAAGAGGACAACCCAGAAAGUUUGUCAAACAGACUACGUGACUUUGAAAAUAAGCCAAAUGAUAAAGAACAACCUCCAACAGUACAUCAACAAAGUUCAAAUCGAAGUUCGGAAGUUCAUUUCGAAGUUCGGAAGUUCGUUUAGAAGUUCCCGCCCAACUUCCGAACUUCGAAACGUAAUUGGGAACUUGGGAACGAACUUCGCAACCGUAAAAAGUGAACUGAAAUCGACGAUAAAUGGUACUUUGCUGAAAUAAAAACGAGGCAAAUAAGGCACGAACAAUACAAAAUAGCCGAGAUAAUCCAAAACAAACUAUGAUAUAAUAUUAAAUAUGACAUACCUGCCUUACUGCGUUGAUUCUACCUGUUGCGUGAUUUCUUUUCGUGAUUACGUUCCACACACUGAGCACAUCCAUUUUCUGAUGUCCAUCCCAUAUUUCAGACUAUUUCUCAAUUUUUUGCUUGCAAUCACGUGACUUUUCAUCUAACUAAUGACGGGCAAUCAAACAACUUGUGGACAAUUUUCCUCCUACAAGAAUAGAGUGGUUGUAGCAAGAACAAAUGAACGGUAAUUCAUCUAUUAGUCUUAAUAACCUGUCUCUAAACUCUAUCAAUACAUUAAAAUGCCGUUUGUUGUUCCAUCUGUCCGUCAACUGAAAUCCCAAAAUUACCUCACUGCGAACAAAGAAUAUUGCAAAAAAACGGAAUAGAGAAUUUGAAUAAACUUUUAGCCGAUAUAACGGGAAGUUAUUUUAAGAAAGUGUAAGAUCUUUGGCUGACUUAGUUAAUUAAUAAACCUUUUUCACACAUGCAGUAUUCGCCGAUGUUCGCUUUUUUUUGCGAACCAGGGACGUGUGCUGGCUAGGGACGAGCUAACGAGAACUCGUUGUGGGCCCCUGCCAUCAUGGGUCCCUAAAAUUAAAACAUUGGAAAAGAUAAAAAAUAUUGAGUUUAAUUUUGAUAUUACAAUUUAUAUUUUAAAACUCUAAAUUUACGAAAAUAUUACGAUACAUUAAUUCGAAUUUAAUUACUGAAAAAUGGUAUGUCCGGAAAUGUUUUUACUUCUCUCUUCCCUCCCCCCCCUCCCCCACGCCCGCUUGCCAACAACUUUUUUGGGGGGGAGGGGAGAUUAAUUAGCAACCGAAAUGUUUCAUGUUUGAAUGUUUGAGCAGUAAUAUAAAUACUCCUACACCAAUCAUGAACCAUCCGUCACUGGACCCUAUCAGACGUUGCUCAUUCGUCGUUGUGAGCUAGCUCUAUAUACAUUAUAUACUACUCAUUUAUAUGUAGCUAGAUUGAUUACCCCUGAGGUGCAUACAGCCAUAAGCAUGUUCUAAUUGAUACUUUAUUAGUAUCUUUUUCUAAUUCUUAUGAAGUGCCAAUAGUGUAAUUUAGUCAACACAUGCUAUGCUGUAUGCAUAGACUCAGUUAUUAGGUAACUGGUAAUUUGCCCGUGGUAAGCCGCGCCGAGCUUAAAAAUUUGUCAUGUAUAUAUAACAUACCACUAUAUUAUUUAGUUGCGUUGUAGAGUAACUUCAGUAAUUGUCUUCUGCUCAGGAGAACGUUUAUUCUUAGGCUAG